GCCUAACUAUGAAUGCUUCAAUUAAGAUUUUUUUCUUACUUAUACUUUUCAAUAUAAAUUCAUGCUGUUCCUCUUCGAAUGAGAAAGUGCUUCGAUCUAGACGUUAUGAUUAUUCAAAUUGGCAUUGCUGUCAUUAUUCAUAUAUGCCAGCUGCAAGUUCUUUUACUACUGGCGGUGGUGGUGGCGGAUUUAAUGGAAAUGGCGGUGGUGGAAUUCAAUCAGUUGUGAAUGUUUCUCCUUAUGGAGGUAUUUCAACUACUUUUACUGCUGGUGGAGGAGGAGGAGGAAGUGGAGCAGGAUUUCAAAGGGUAACAGGUCCAGGAGGUACUGUGGUAGUUGCAGCCGGUGGAGGAGGUGUUGGAAAUGGUUAUGGCUAUGGAUACGCAUGGGGAAGGAGAAUAUGA